CUGCAUACACAUCUCAUUUGCACACACAUAUUAACAAAUGUUGUAAACUUAAUUCUAACGAGCACUUCUGUAGUUACAUUCAUGGAUAGAAUUGCAAAGCAUCCAGCAAACUACGUCCCACUUACUCCACUCACUUUCAUCAAGAGGGCCAUUAAGAUUUAUUCAAACCGUACCUCCGUCAUAGACGGUGGUGUCCAGUUCACAUGGAGCGAGACUUAUCGAAGAUGCUGUCGUCUUGCCUACUCUCUCCGAUCACUUAAUGUUGUCAAGAAUGAUGUUGUAUCGGUACUCGCACCCAAUGUACCGGCAUUGUAUGAGAUGCACUUCGCAGUGCCAAUGGCAGGAGCUGUCCUUAAUCCGAUUAACACAAGGCUAGACGCUAAAACCAUAGUCACCAUCCUCCGUCAUUCUGAAGCCAAGGUCUUCUUCGUUGACUAUGAGUACAUUCCCAUAGCUUCCGAGGCACUACAGAUGCUGGUGAAAGGAUCCGAAGACAGCUCUUCGGAUCACCACCAGCACCAGAUACCCUUGGUCAUUGUGAUCGAUGACAUCAACAAGCCCACAAGUGUCCAGUUCGGAGACUUGGAGUACGAACAACUUAUUCACCAGGGCGACCCAGAAUAUCUAGGUGAAGAUCUAGAGGACGAGUGGGACGCUAUCUCACUGAACUACACAUCUGGAACCACCUCUAACCCUAAGGGUGUGGUCUGCAGCCACCGCGGUGCGUUUCUGAGCACGCUGAGCAUGAUUCAAGGGUGGGAACUUAGUAACGAGGCGGUGUACCUAUGGUCACUACCGAUGUUCCACUGCAAUGGGUGGACAUUCACUUGGGGCGUUGCGGCUAGAGGCGGGACAAACGUGUGCAUACGUAACGUAACCGCUAGUGAAAUGUACAAAAGUAUUUCUAACCACAAGGUGACUCACAUGUGUUGUGCCCCUAUUGUCCUUAACAUCCUGUUAGAGGCCCAACAUUAUGAGCGCUGUGACAUGACCUCUAAGGUAAACAUACUCAUUGGGGGAUCGCCUCCCCCGGUCCCCGUGUUGGAGAAGAUGGAGGACCUUGGAUUUCACAUAACACAUGCCUAUGGCCUUAAUGAGGCCACCGGGCCUGCACUUGUGUGCGAGUGGCAAUCAAAAUGGAAUCUACUACCCAAAGAUCAACAGGCCCGACUGAAGGCCCGUCAAGGUGUAAGUAUACUAACGCUUUCUGAUAUCGAUGUAAAGAACACAAAAACAAUGGAGGGUGUCCCGCAUGAUGGAAAGACGAUGGGAGAGAUCGUACUUCGAGGAAGUAGUCUCAUGAAAGGAUACUUAAAAGCUGAAAACAUGACUGAAAAGGCUUUUCAAAACGGAUGGCUAUUAACCGGGGAUGUGGGAGUCAUCCAUCCAGACGGAUACGUGGAAAUCAAAGACAGAUCUAAAGACGUGAUCAUCUCUGGUGGCGAAAACAUCAGUAGUGUGGAACUAGAGUCGGUUCUAUACAAACACCCCGCGAUACUAGAAGCUGCAGUGGUGGCGAUGCCUCAUACGCGGUGGGGAGAAAGCCCUUGUGCUUUUGUUGUCUUGAAACAGACAGGAGACGUAAAUGAAACCGAAAUCUUGGCAUAUUGUACGAAAAACAUGCCAAAGUUUAUGGUUCCAAAAAAGGUGGAGUUUGUGACAAAACUACCAAAGACAGGAACCGGUAAAGUACUUAAAGAGGAGCUUAGAAAAGUGGCAAAAACUCUUGGAUUGUCAACAAACACAACCACAAACAGCAAGGUUCGUGCGAUGUCUAGACUUUGA